AUGACCCUCGAGCAAAUCCAAGAAUUUGAAGCAAUGAAAGCUAAGAAUGCGACACUUCUAGCACAACUCGAGUUAUAUAAACAACAAGCUAAUCAAAGGAAUGCUCAACUUGUGGUAGUUCAAAUGGGUUGUGAGACUUGUGAUAGGCACGAUCACUCGGAAAUGGAUUGCCCCGUUCUACAUCAAAACUCAAAUGAGCAAGUCAACUAUGUCAAUAGACAAAGGAGGAGCAAAUUUUCAAGGAGGAAACCGUGGUCCACCAAACCAAACCAAGGCAACUUCAACAACUAUCGACCACAACAUCCUCCCGGUUUUCAGCAAAAUCAGAAUGCGGAUGAAGGGAGAAAAAUUGAUAAGCUUAUUGAGGAAGUUCGAUCCGGUUUUAAGAACCAAGCUUCCGUCAAUCACCAUCUCGAGACUCAAAUCUCUCUACUUGCCAUCUCGCUUCAAAAUAGAGCUCAAGGUGGUCUACCAUCUACAACGGAAUCAAAUCUAAGGGAGCAAGUAAAUGCCAUUGAACUUCGAAGCGGGAAAGAACUUGAUGAUCCACACGCAAGUAAAGAGAGUACAAUUGGUAUUCCACCAAGCACGAAUGAGGAGGAAGUAACCGAACUUCCUUAUGUCAAACCGCCACCUCCUCCUCCAUUCGUGCCGAAAGUCCCUUUUCCGGGACGAUUAAAGAAGACGCCGGACAACCAAAAAUUCCAUAAAUUUCUAAAAAAAUUCAAGAAACUCCAAAUCAACAUAAGCUUUGCGGAUGCCUUGCGUGAGAUGCCUCAAUACGUGAAAUUUCUCAAAGAGAUCAUAACGAAGAAAAGGAGUUGGGACAACAAAGGCUCAAUUUCUCUAACGGAAAAUUGUAGUUCACUCAUCCUUAGUGACUUGCCCACCAAGCUUAAGGACCUAGGGAGUUUUACAAUUCCUUGCAAAAUAGGCGAUUUAAAUUCAAUUAAUUGUCUAUGUGAUUUUGGGGCAAGUAUAAAUCUAAUGCCUUUGUUUCUUUUCAGGGAUAUUUUUGGUGAUCAAACUUUGAAGCAAACAUCGAUGAUGCUUCAAUUGGCGGACCAUUCACUAAAAAAACCCUACGGAGUAGUGGAAGAUGUUUUAGUUAAAGUAGACAAAUUCAUCUUUCCCGUGGAUUUUUUCGUACUUGAAUAUGCGGCGGAUAAAACAUGCCCUAUGAUUCUUGGGCGUCCCUUCAUGAACACGGGAAGGGCAUUGAUAGUUGUGCACGCCGGAAGACUCACUUUGCAUAUCGAUGACGACAAAGUGGAGUUUGAUAUGAAACGGAUCAUGUUAAACACUUUUGAAGAGGAAGAAUGCAUGAGAUUGGAUAUGAUUGAUGGAAUCGUGGAAGAACUCUUCCUGGUUUCAAAAGUCACAUUCCAUUCCGAUGAGACACAUGAGACCACCGGCGAAGAAUAUUCCAAGGAAGAUGAGCCGAAAGCCGAAAAUUUGUUUAGAAGAGAAAGUGUCACACCACCUUCUUCAAUUACUCCACCAAAAGUUGAGCUAAAAACACUACCAUCUCACUUACGGUAUGCGUUUCUAGGCGACAACAUGACACUUCCCAUCAUCAUCUCAAACAACUUGUCAGAAACACAAGAAGUAAGGGUUAUUAAAGUGGUGAAAUAA